GGGAAGGAGGGGGGGCGGAGCGAGAGGAGCCCCAUCACAGGAGCCCCAUCGCAGGAGCCCCGGGACGCGACGAGCUCCCGGCCUCGUCUCGCAGGGAGGCAGCAACCCCAAGGAGCCCGAGAUGGCGGAAGGCGCCGCGGCCACCGCCGCUCCUCGGCCCGGCGUGAAGGGCUCGGCGGGGCCCUGGUGGAAGUCGCUGACCAGCAAGAAGAAGCACAAGGAAGUGGCGGGAGCCCCGCCGCACCCCGUGUCCAGCGAGACCCCCGCCGACACCCCCAGCCCCGACGGCCGGGAGGAGCAGCCCGCUCCCAUCGGCAGCGCCGAUGCCGCGGGAAGCGGAGUCGGGAACCGGCGGAGCCUCCGCGUGUCCCACUCGGGCCGCUUCAAGGAGCGGCGGAAGGUGCGCACCUCGCUGCUGGCCGACAGCCCCGAGGUCUUCGACGGCGGCGGCGCCCCGGGCCACGCCGCCCAAGGGGCCGAGUAGCCCAGGAGGACCUUGCCGAGGAGCUGCCACUGGAUGGGUGGCCGGAGAACUGGCGGGACAGGCAGCCGCAGUCAGUGACUGCCCUGCAGCUGGACUUUCUCCCAAAUUUGCCCUAAACCAGGACAAACCCAUGGGUGACAUGUAGGCAGCGGCUCCCGAGCCCUAAGCGGACACUGCGGGGAGCCCGGCACUGCUGCCCGGCGAGGCAAUCGCGUGCUGUGUUACAUGAACACCGCCAAUACCGAACCCGCGGAUGACGGGACGAUGUGAUUGUCCUUUUUAAAACCACAAAUAAACACCCCACUCCCUGUACUGUGGUGAGCGGACUCAAAGGUGCUAUCCCAAGGCCGAUGGUGGGGUCUCUGAAUCUUGCUGCAGCCCUCGCCAGGAGCCAACGUGCUGACUCAGGCCUGUGACCCAGCUCCUUCUGGCUCUCAAGCCGAGGAGGAGCUUUGCUGCUUUCAUCUCACGAGCUGUCUUAUCCAAGGAGGGGGGAACAAAGUGCUCUUACCUAAUUUCAGGGCCAAGGACCUCUGGCGGUGCCGACAGUGUGCCUGUCCUGCCACUAUCCACACAUCCUCCAUCCCUCACCAGGGUCAAAAGAGACCCCCAUAUCCCACAUCACAUCACUUUUACAUGUGGAAAAGGCUGGUGUUCUCCCUGUUCUUACUGAGUAAUACUAAACAGGUGUUUCAGAGAUGGUCCCUCAUAGCUCUGUUACAGAGGGAGGCCCGUGCUGUCUAGCAAUUGGCACUGUUUACCCAGGGGAUACAUGAUUUUUGCAUAAUCGGUGGUAACUGGCAUAAUGAAGCUCCAAUGAAGAGAUUGUGGGAUAAGAUGUAAACAUUCUUCUGGGAGAUGAGACCAGGCCUGGAGAGCACAAGCAGGGUUGCAGUUCUGAUGUGGAAAUAGGCUUGGGUACCGCUGGAAGCGUUCGUUGUUCACUGUGUCUGAGGCUUCUGAAGCAAGGUUAAGCGUCCCAGGAUUUCUUCUGAUGGUGAGAUAAUGUGCUUUCACUUGAGUGAAAAAUCUGCUCCCUCUAAGAGCUCUUGGGUUUUUGGACAAAUAAAUGUAAGCCAGAUUUGUACUGGUGUUGUGCCUUACAUAACAAAAUCAGCUAAAAAUACUUGGCAAUUACACAUUUCUUGAUAGUAGGUGGUACAGCAACAACUGACUUAUUUAUUUUAAAUGCAUUUGCAAUAUACUUUAUAUUGUUAAAAUGGUUUUAGACUUUUUCUGAAUACAAGAUACAUAGUGGCAGGCACUGAGAAUUAUUUCCUAACAGUCAAGUAUUAUGCAGUUAUUAUUUUAUUUGGUUGUAGCUAAUCAUUUGAGGUCAAUUAAAAAUAAAAAGUGACUGGAAAGGAAAUAAGAACUGAGUUCCAGUUGAAAAUAUGGAUUAAACCAGCCGCUGACAAUCACUGAAAUGUUGCACUAGAUGCAAGUGCCCCGUGGUUCAAUGUGCACAAUAAUAUGUAAUGAACCUUGAAAGCUCCUGUGCAAUAAACUCAGACAACAUA